CUAAAUUGAAAUGACCUGAAUUGAAUUUCUGAGGUGACAUGACAAUUAGCGGUGUGUGUGGUUCCACCAGGGGGAAGUGUAUGAAUGUGUUGGUCACCACCACUCAGCUGGUGCCAGCUCUGGCCAAGGUGCUGCUGUACGGCCUGGGAGACGUCUUCCCCAUCGAGAACAUCUACAGUGCCACUAAAAUUGGUAAAGAGAGUUGCUUUGAAAGGAUCGUCUCUCGCUUUGGAAAGAAAGUGACGUACGUGGUGAUAGGUGACGGUCGAGAUGAGGAGUUUGCAGCAAAACAGCACAACAUGCCUUUCUGGCGGAUCUCCAAUCACGGAGACCUCGUGUCCCUGCACCAAGCGCUGGAGCUGGAUUUCUUGUAAAGGAGGCAGCGUGUGAAUGUCGCACACUAAAAGGGAAAAUAUAGUUGUCAUCCUGUCGGUCUGUGGAGUGACAUUACGUGAGAAAACCCUCCACAAACUCUAAUUAGAAGCUCUGCCCUGACUGGAUGACUCACUGUGUGAUGUGUGAUGGUAACGUACUGAGGCGGACUUUGGGUCGGAGCGGACAGUGAGACAGACAGGAUGCUGAGUUAAGGUUCCUCAGGCCCAGCACUCCCUCCUCUACGGCAGCUAACCUCACCACGGCUGAAACUGGCACUGAUCUGGACACAGAAGGGAAGACAUCCAUUUUUUUUCCCUCCUUUGGUCACAUCUACUUUUUAGGUAUCAACAUUUUUAAUUUCCUUAAAAAACCAAAAGGCCAUUUUUGUUUAUUGGCGUUCUCUUAUGUUGUUGUUGUAGCUUUUUUAUUUAGUCUCUGUGUUACUAAGAAUGAUAUCAAAGAAGUUAAAAAAAAAAAUCUCUUCUGGGUUAUUUUGCACUCAUUCAAAGACUUGAAAUCAUAAUUUUGCAGAAGUUACUGGCAGUAUCAAAUAAUCCCAACAACCAAAAUCUCAGGUGGCCAUUCAGUUAUUUAAAAUGAGGAAUUAGAUGAGGUUAAAAAAAUGUAACUUGAUUAUGACCUCCCCUCCUGACCCGACCCAACAACACCAAACCACCAGUCAGAUGUCCGGCUUCUUCACACUGUUGCCACACAGACGUGUGGUUCUUCUUUUUACACACAGUGUGUGUGACCUGAGGGCAGUGAGCAUGCUGGGAAUCAAGAGACGCUGGUCACACUGACAAAGCUGAAUGUGCCUCUUCGUAAAACUCAGCAAUAUAAUGGUAAAGGGAAGUUAAAAGAACAGGAUCCUCCAAACAAAUGUAAAAAAAACACACAUUCAUUUCAGCAAGGACUCUGUAGCCAGUAAACAAGAAUCAUAUUUCCCCUGUAGUAGUCAUCACAGUAUUGGUAAGAAAAUGC